CUCUCCGCCUCUUCUCUGCAGCCGUGAGGGAGUUUGGCUUUUUGUUGGAGCUGUGAGAGCGCUUUUGGUCUGGGAGACAUUUCUUUACCUCACAGAGUUAUUGAGCACAGGAUAUCCGGAGGGUACAGCUUCUAACAGUAAACUUCUGACUGUUUAGGGCUGUUUUUUUGGAGUUCAAAUCGACUUUUCCAGUUGUUUUUUUAAACCUCCGGUUUUACGACACAACUUUUUCCGUCAGGCGCGCGCGCGCAGCACUUUGUGUGGUCCAGUGUUUACGGAAUCGAGAAUGCAGAAUUAGGCUCGUGCCCGAAAGCGCGCUGUUUGCGCGUGCUCGGGAGUCGGUUCGGGUUCUAGAGCGCGCGUUCACACCGGAGAUCCCGCCAGGAUGGGAUGUGGACUGCGGAAGCUGGAGGAGCCUGAGGACAGCAGCCCGGGCAAAAUUUACUCCACCCUGAGGAGACCGCAAGUGGAGACCAGAACCGACACCGUGUUCGAGUACAUGCUGCUGGACUUCAGCUUAGAAGGUAGUCGACCCGCUGUGCAGUACCUGUCCUCUCUGUGUGAGCUGCCUCAAGCCCUGCAGCCGUACUACACUCAGGGCUACGUGCUAGCCGCUCUGCAUCCCAUCAUCCUCUCUGUUGGCCGUACACGCUCCCUGCCCUGCAGCCUGCUCUACCGGGCCAUCCUGACCAGACAACGACCCAGUAAGCAUGCAGUGGCUAUGGUUCACAGUGUGCCAGUGCUGAGGGUUGAGGAGUGGCCACUGCCUGGAGACUCUUUGACCAGCGACACUGUGAGAGCUCUUAUAGAGCGGGUUAACUGUAAUGCUCGGGGAGGCGUGCGCUUCGUGGGCUCUGUGCUCCAACAGGCAGGAGGAGGGAGGUGUAACGGCAGAGUGGCAAGUCCUCGACGGAGCUGUCGUUCCCCGCCACACACUCCACCAGGAGACAGAGACAUGGAAGACUCUGGAUAUAGUCCAGAUUUGACAUUGCUGGUGCUGUUUCAUUCCUGGGCUCCAGGCUGUGCUACGCAGGAGCCGCUAACCUGCUGCUACCACCAAGGGGCUCUCUCUAUGCGCGUGUCCAGGAAGGGCCAAGUCGUCAGCGGGCUGGAGGCGGAUUGGCUCGAGCUCACAGCAGCUUACUACCGCAAAGGCUGGUCAUUAGUAGACUCUUUCGUGUACUGGGAUACACCUAAAGGUGAUCCAGUGCCCAGAUCUUUAGAGGGGCUGUUUGUGUACGAAGAGAGAAGCCCUGCAUCUCCUGCCAAUGACACCAUUGUUGUUGAGCAGUGGACUGUUAUUGAGGGCUCUGAUGUGAAGACGGAUUACGGGCCACUCCUUCACACUCUGGCUGAGUUCGGCUGGUUACUGACAUGUGUCCUGCCCACACCCAUCAUUCGCCAUGACAGUGAGGGAAAUCUUGCCACUAAACAAGUGGUGUUCCUGCAGAGGCCUGUUAAAUCCUCCUCAGUCCGACAGAACAGCCAGGGUAGCUGUACUCGGAGAGACAAGCCCAGUCAGUCUGUGAAUCGAGGGAUGGGAGCGGCUCACUCAGAGGAGCUUUCCCCCACUACAGUGGGCACUGGGGGAUUCCCUCUAUUUGGAGGGGGCUAUCCUAGCGCCCUGUCGCAAUUAGAGGAGGGUGGUUUUGAGCAGGAUGACGGGGCAGCUGAGGUCACCUGUAUGUGAGCGGCCCACACGACAAACAACUGGAUCAAAAAUGCUCAGCUCUGCGCUAUAGGAGAAAUUAUUUUUUUUUAAUAUCUUAACAAUUUACAUUAAGUUUCCUUGCAUUUACCCUUUUCCUCAUAUUCUUAUAUCGAUCAGCGUUUAGCACUUUUUGAUAUUUUUAUAAAGCCAAUUCUUAACGGGGUGGAUUUCAUCUCAUUUUUAUAGCAAAGCAUGACAAACUUACACACUGACCAGCACACAUCCAUCACCCUACCAGGAGAUUCUGUAAAAGCUUCUAAUACACACCUGCACUGUCACACUCCUUCACUUUAGGGUUUUGUUUUUUAAAGUAUUUGCACAAUUGUUUUUUUUUUUUUCCCCUCCGUUUGUUCUUAUUCUUCACUAAUUACACACCAGUCAGCAUUUCUUAUCCUCCUGACACCUGCAGAGACUCAAAACUAUAUUCUGACUUGGUCACCAAGGCUCAUCUCGGCUCCUCUGCUGCUUGCUGCAGGCUGAAAACGUUUAUUUUGGGUAUUUCAGACUUGCUUUUGAUGGUACUGAGGAUGCCAAGGCUUUGCAGUCAAAACAGUCUUGGAUUAGUAAAAGGUGUUUUUAGAGCCAGGCCUUGAAAAAGUUGUUUUUCUAUUCAGUGGCCCUAAUUCACCCCAUCUGGAACCUGGGGGGAAAAUAUCAGACUGGAGGCUGCCUGUCUCAGCUCGCAGUUUUGAACUCAAGUGGUGCUACAGAAGGGUUUGUUUUCUCAUUAUUAUUGUUCAAUCACAGUAAAAAAAAAAAAAAAGGUAACGUAACACAUGUUGCCGUUCUCACAAGUUUAUGUUCAUGGAAACGGCAUUUUAGUAAAAGUUGAGCGUGAGAACUAGCUACACCCUCGUCCAUAGUAUUACAUGUUUCAAGUAUUACGGCUUUGGCAGGAUCAAAAUGGGUCUGCAGGAGAUUCAAGUUUGUAUAGCAUCGCUAAGCAGAAUGUUGACGCCGAAUGAGCGUAGUCACAUUCAGAAAGACUGAAGGCUAUUGACAUUGAAUUUUGUACUCCCCUCCCGAAUGUUUCUUGCUUUAAAAUUACACUACAAGGAAAAACAGGUUGUAGAAUAUUAUAAUGCUGUAUAUAGGAUUAAUAAGCCAUGAAAUCCUGAGGUUGUCUCUGUCAUGUUUUUAAAUGACCAGUAUAAUUUACCAGUGACAGUAUUUUGGUUGUAUUUUAAAUAAUGUAACUCAAACACUCAUUGUUGGUUAAUAUUUUAUUAA